CUCCCUCCCCCACCCCCACCCCCACCCAUUCUCUCUUCCCCUCUCUCGAGAAUGGAGAAAAGGUCCGAGGAAGAGCAGCGAGCGAGCCAGGAGCAGAACAAGAAGAAGGGCGUCAUAAAGAUACCCUCGUACCAAGAGGUCUUCGGGGGAGGCACCUCCUCCUCUUCCGCUCCUCAGCCCUACAACCCUCCCCCUCCUCCACCGUCCUUCUCUCAAGCCUUCUCUUUCAUCAAAGCCUCCGAGUUCUACACCCCUCCUCCGACUUCCGACCCUUCUCCCAGGCACGUCGCUGCCGAGCCCCAGCUUUCUGCAACGCCAACGCCGCCGCCGGCGGCUUCAUCUUCUUCCGGUUCUGCUCCUUCGUCGUUCUAUUCUUCGGCGAUUGCGUCGGCUCAGAACCGGAACGCAAUUCUUGUUAGCCAUCGGCAGAAGGGGAAUCCGUUGCUUAAGCAUAUCAGGAACGUGCGGUGGACGUUCGCGGAUGUUGUUUGUGACUACUUACUCGGACAGAGCGCCUGUGCUCUUUAUAUUAGUCUCCGGUAUCAUCUCCUUCAUCCAGACUACUUGUAUUAUCGAAUAAGAGAAUUGCAGAAGAAUUUUAAGCUCCGUGUUGUCUUGUGCCAUGUUGAUGUGGAAGAUGUAGUCAAACCAUUGCUUGAAGUCACGAGGACAGCAAUGCUGCAUGACUGCACUCUUUUAUGUGGUUGGAGCUUGGAAGAAUGUGGUCGGUACUUGGAGACAAUUAAAGUUUAUGAAAACAAACCUGCAGACAGCAUUCGUGAACAGAUGGAUACUGAUUAUUUAUCACGGCUGACUCAUGCACUUACGACUGUUCGACAUGUUAACAAGACUGAUGUAGUUACACUUGGUUCAGCUUUUGGGUCACUUUCGCAUAUUAUGGAUGCUUCUAUGGAAGAUUUGGCUCGUUGCCCGGGCAUUGGUGAACGUAAGGUGAAGCGCCUGUAUGAUACCUUCCACGAACCAUUUAAACGAGUUUCCAGUCGGCCUACUAUUGCUGUGCCAGAAACUCCCAUCAAGGCCAGGGAUUCUGAAGAAUCUAUUCCACCUGAAGUUGAGGGGAAAAACUCUGAUUCAUCAAAAGCUGAAAAAGAAUCCAAUCUUGAUGUGAGAUCAGCCCUGACUGCUGCCUUUGACAAAUAUGCAGAAAGAGUCCGUAAACAGGACCGGAAGAGUAAACUGUUUGAGCCAGGCGAAGGUAGUAGUAGCCACCCAGCCCCAAAAGAUGCAGAAGCAUAGAUUGGGACGAUCAACAUAGGCAACCGAUUAAUGAACUUAGGAUUAUGGAUGAGGGGCUGAAUACUGUCGUAGAACCUGCCUUUUACAGGUAGAAUCAUUGGUGGAAAGGGAGUUGAUGGACAUUGUGUAUGCGCAAGUUUCUUUCACCGGAUUAAGUCACCAAUUUUGAGGCUUCAUUUUUCCGAUGUAGUAAUUAAUUUUGCUUUUGUGCUUA